AUGUCUGGAGGACGUCUCUGGCAGAUUAUCGGUGGUGCCGGCGUGUUGGGCGUGGGUUACUACAUGUACAAUGCCGGCGGCAGCCCCAAGGCCGCUGAGAAGCGCUUCGAAGCCGAUGCAGCCAAGGCCGCCAACGCCGUUGGUCUAGCCGGCAAGGGCAAGGAGGUCCAGAAGCAGGGUGAAGUCACCAUGGCCGAUGCGGGCAAGAAGGCCGACCAGCUUUUCCAGGACGCUAAGUCCGCUACGAGCAAGGUGGAUGGCAAGUUGGAGGCUUACAGGAAGGAUGCCGAGGCGAAGCUGGAGAGCACUGCCAAGGAGACGAGAGACAGCGCCAACAAGGCCAUCAACUCCUUUGAUAGGAAUGUCGAGGCCAAGGCUUCCGCGGCGAAGGGAACCGUCAACAGCUGGUUCGGUGGCUCCAAGCCUACUGAUGGCUCGAAGUAG